CGCUGAGGAGACUGAGCUGUCUGCGCCAGCAGCGGGCUGGGUGCGUCGCCUCUUAACUCCCCCACAAUCUACACGGAUCUGGAUCCUCCCUAGCCGGCUUGUGGGCCGUGCCUUUGCCGCCUGCGAGCCCUGACCCUGACCCCUUCUCUUCAUAUCCGGAUCUGGGCUCCUCCACACAAGAUCGUUCAUCCGGCUUCUCCCUUAAUACUUGGAAUCUGACCCAUUCCACUGAUCUGCCCGUAAUAACCCAUAUUCAGACCCUAAAACAAUGGGCUGACUCCUGCCUCCUUUCCAAGUGUGCAGCCUACCUCCCCAACGAUCUGGGCUUCCAGACCCGUGGCAUCUCAGCACACCCUACCAUGCCCUCCAUCUAUAGACCCCCGGCCUGGGAAAAGAUAGCCCUGCGACAUUCAAGGGGCCUGGUCCCAGCUCUGCUCUGGGGCCUGAGCCUCUUCUUCAGCCUCCCAGGCCCAGUUUGGCUCCAGCCCUCUCCGCCUCCCCAGUCUUCGCCCCCAACUGAGCCCCAUCCGUGUCAUACAUGUCGGGGACUGGUGGACAGCUUCAACAAGGGCCUGGAGAGAACUAUCCGGGACAACUUUGGAGGUGGGAAUACUGCCUGGGAGGAAGAGAAGUUGUCCAAAUACAAAGACAGUGAGACCCGCCUGGUAGAGGUGCUUGAGAACGUGUGCAGCAAGUCGGACUUUCAGUGCCACCGCCUGCUGGAGCUGAGUGAGGAGCUAGUGGAGAGCUGGUGGUUUCACAAGCAGCAGGAAGCCCCAGAUCUCUUCCAGUGGCUCUGCUUAGAUUCCCUGAAGCUCUGUUGCCCCUCAGGCACCUUCGGGCCCUCCUGCCUUCCCUGUCCUGGGGGCACAGAGAAGCCCUGCGGUGGCUACGGGCAUUGUGAAGGGGAAGGGACUCGAGGGGGCAGCGGGCACUGUGACUGCCAAGCCGGCUAUGGGGGUGAGGCCUGUGGCCAAUGCAGCCUCGGCUACUUUGAGGCAGAACGCAACGCCAGUCAUCUGGUAUGUUCGGCUUGUUUUGGCCCCUGUGCCCGCUGCUCGGGACCCGAGGAAUCAAACUGUUUACAAUGCAAGAAAGGUUGGGCCCUGCAUCACCUCAAGUGUGUAGAUAUCGACGAGUGUGGCACAGAGCGAGCCAACUGUGGAGCUGAUCAAUUCUGUGUGAACACGGAGGGCUCCUAUGAGUGCCGAGAUUGUGCCAAGGCCUGCCUUGGCUGCAUGGGGGCAGGGCCAGGCCGCUGUAAGAAGUGUAGCCCUGGCUACCAGCAGGUGGGCUCCAAGUGUCUCGAUGUGGACGAGUGUGAGACAAAGCUGUGUCCCGGAGAAAACGAGCAAUGUGAGAACACCGAGGGCAGUUACCGUUGUGUCUGUGCCGAGGGCUACAAACAAACUGAGGGCAUCUGUGUGAAGGAGCAGAUCCCAGAGUCAGCAGGCUUUUUCUCAGAGAUGACAGAGGAUGAGCUGGUGGUGCUGCAGCAGAUGUUCUUUGGUGUUAUCAUCUGUGCUCUAGCCACACUGGCCGCCAAGGGUGACUUGGUCUUUACCGCUAUCUUCAUUGGGGCUGUGGCAGCCAUGACUGGCUACUGGUUGUCAGAGCGCAGUGACCGUGUGCUGGAAGGCUUCAUCAAGGGCAGAUAAUCUCUGCCACACCUGCAGGAUCUCUUCCCACCAGGCUGCCCCCAGAAGUCAGGCCUCUCUCCUGGACACUCAAGGCAACUUACUUUAUUUCUGAGAGUGGGAUAAGUACCCCCUACCCACCUGUGGAGCAGCCUAGGCACACAGGCCAGGGCAAGUGAGGCUCCUAUGAUGAGGAAGUAGCCCUAAAGGUGGAUGCCAUAGGAUCUUGGCCUUGGGGGGCACUGAGCAGGCUUUACAAUGUGUGGAUUUUUUAAAAUGUCUCUUUAUGGUGGCUGCUAGUGAGCUUUGGCCCCUGUCCAGGAGGGGGGGGUCCCCGCAGGAUUGGGCCCUUCAUAGCCUCUUCCUGCCAGCUGCAUGUUGCCAGCUCCUGUUCCGUCUCCACAUCCCGACCCCUCAGCCACUGAUUUAUUUAUUCAUCUCAGGAAAUAAAGAAAGGUCUUGGAAA